UAAAAUCCUAUUGAACAUCUUCCUACGAGCUCUCAUACUAGCUCCACCAAACAGAGGAAACAUCAAAACUUCUAGAAUUAGAUCAUUAUAUAACAGUGAGAAGUAAUGGUGGACUGGCUUCUUUGGUCUUAAACACUUGCAAACAAUGAUCUCCCUAUUGAUAUUCAGAGGUUGAGAUGUCGUGUGCUGUACCGUGGUCUACGCUUCUCUCCUGCUAUUGAAAGCCUUGGACAGGAUUGAUUUUAAGAUAAGAACAAUUGAGCUUGAUGCCUAACGCAUCAAACUCCAGAUUUGUGAUACUGCUGGUCAAGAAUGUUUCCGAACCAUCACCACUGCUUAUUAACGAGGGGAAAUGGGCAUUUUGCUGGUGUAUGAUGUCACUGACGAUUCAUCCUUCAGCAGUAAUUCAAACACUGAACCUGCAGUAAUUUUGCAGUAAUUGUAACAGUAAGUCAAACGUUUGUCUCAUGAGAACAACUACAUUGGUCGUAUUUGUUUGCUUAAAGUAAGUCAUUUCCCAUGUCUGAGUGCCAAAACAAAUCUGAAUGUGGAAGAAGUUUUCUUCUACUUAACUAUGUGUUUCUUUCAUGGAAUCAAAUU